UUCUAACUGUUGACCCACCAUUGACAACACCAUGUGAUUACGUGAUUCCAUUCACAGAAAUUCUUCCCUUUUCCAUUCCAGCUUCGAAGUUCAAAUUAUCGUUUUCACACUCCUUGUCACUUCCUUGCAUUCUCGAUUAUUGUCGGUAGUUUUUCUGCCGCGAUGUCGGCUCCGCCUCCGUCAUCACCUCCGGUAUUCAACGGCACCCCUCCUCCUCCGCCAAUUACCAACAAUACUUUCUCUCCUCCGCCGACUACAAACGCUACAACUCCGCCGUCUACUGAUUCGACAAAUGGGACAAUGGUGCGGCCGCCAUCAGAAGGCGGACUACCACCGGGGACGUUGGCCGCGCUAAUAGUCGGGGUAGGGUUAGGAGCAAUAUUUGUGCUGGUUGGUGUGGGCAUUUUCGUCAUUAUUCGUAUGAGAAGGAAAAGGAAGAUGGGAGAGGGCUUCUAUGGAGGUCCUCCACCUACAGGUGACCCUUAUGUUGGUCGGCAUUGGCAACAUAAUGUGCCUCAUCCUACAGAAAACAAGCCAAUGCCUACUCCCCUUGGAUUUCCAUUCAUUCCCCAAAAGUCACAGAGCACAUUUACGUAUGAAGAGUUGGCAAGGGCAACUAAUGGUUUCUCCGACUCGAACCUCCUUGGUCAAGGUGGUUUUGGCUAUGUACACAAGGGAGUCCUUCCAAAUGGUAAGGUGGUUGCAAUAAAACAGUUAAAAGCUGGGAGUGGGCAGGGGGAGCGUGAAUUUCAGGCGGAGGUUGAGAUCAUUAGCCGUAUUCAUCACAGACAUCUUGUUUCACUAGUUGGAUACUGUAUCACAGGGGCCCAUAGAAUGCUUGUCUAUGAGUUUGUUCCUAACAACACCUUGGAAUUCCAUUUGCACAGGAAGGACGGACCCACUAUGACCUGGGCAACAAGAGUUAAAAUUGCUGUUGGUGCGGCAAAAGGACUUGCUUAUCUACAUGAGGAUUGUCAUCCCAAGAUUAUACAUCGUGAUGUCAAGGCGGCUAAUAUUCUUCUUGAUGAUAACUUUGAGGCAAAGGUUGCAGAUUUUGGACUAGCCAGGUCGUCUUUGGAUACUGAAACUCAUGUUUCAACUAGAGUAAUGGGAACUUUUGGCUACAUGGCUCCGGAGUAUGCGUCUACAGGGAAGCUCACUGACAAGUCAGACGUCUUUUCCUUCGGGGUCGUCCUUCUGGAGUUAAUAACAGGACAUCGACCCGUUGAUAAAAAGCAGUCCUUUUUUGAUGAUAGCAUAGUUGACUGGGCAAGGCCUCUGCUCAAUCAAGCUCUAGAAGAUGGCAACUAUGAUGCUCUUGUUGAUCCAAAGUUGCAGAAGGGUUAUGACUACAAUGAAAUGGCUAGAAUGAUUGCUUGUGCUGCAGCUUCUGUGCGCCAUUCUGCAAAGUUUCGGUCCAGAAUGAGCCAGAUGGUUAGAGCUCUGGAAGGAAAUAUGUCCCUGGAUGAUCUGAAUGAGAGAAUAACACCGGGACAGAGCACAGCUUUUGGUUCUUAUGCUAGCUCAGAUUAUAGCUCUGGUCAAUAUAAAGAAGAUUUGAAGAAAUUCAGGAAGAUGGCAUUGGAAAGCCAAGAGCUGGGUAGUAGUGGAUACAGUGGGCCGACUAGUGAGAGUGGUCUCCAAGCAUCAAGCUCCAGCACUGAAGGCCAACAAACUACCCAAGAAAUGGAGUUGAAGAAAAUGGAGAAACAGACUAAAGAGAUUAGUUAAAAGCUUCCAAAGAUUAAUUAACAUUCUUUGGUAGGUAGUAAAAUUUUCACAUCCGACCCUCAGACUCUCGAACAUUUUCUAGGAUUAUAUCUCAAGUGGUCGGAUGUCAAAUUGAAAAAUGAGCAUGGAAUUGAUUCUGGGACUGUAUGUUCAGUCCAUGGAUGUUCAAAACACGAUUAGAACUGGAUUGAGAUUUUUGGAGUUCCCAGUGCUCGCUCUGUAUUUCAAAACUUACAUUAUAUGAAUGAGAGAAUUUACAUUAUAUGAAUGAGAGACAACUUAUUGUGACU